GGAGGGGCAGUGCCAAGAACGGUGACACAAGAACCGGAACAGCUUCCAGGCGCUAUCCGAGUCUAAAGAUCGGCAUACCAUACAGUCCAUCACUCUUUUGUCCGUCUACAACACCCUCCGGCGCGCCGAGCAUCGAUCCAGAGCAGCACGUCGUAUGGAUGAUACGAACACAUCUACUGCAAAUCGCAACAACGCCGCCUCCCAGAAAGUGCAGGAUGCCUGCACCAUCUGCCUCGAACCAAUCACCGAGCGAGCGGUAGCCACGCCAUGCAACCAUCUUUCUUUUGACUUCCUCUGUCUGGUGUCCUGGCUACAAGAGCAGUCAUCAUGUCCUCUCUGCAAAGCUGCAGUGUUGGAAGUGCAAUAUGACUGGCGUGGACCUGACGACUACAAGACUUACCAUGUACCAUCGAAGGAGGACACUACCAGGCCGGUAGCCGGCUCGACGCACGCUCACCAGCCAUACCGUAGACGCGCUCAGCUCAGGCGAGCCAUAUGUCCCAUCCGACCGCCUGUAGACGACAUCCUCGAACGCCGCCGCAGGGUCUACCGCGAGGGCCUACCCAGUCUUCACAUCGGCGCAAACCGUAUAUCUCAGUACAAAGACUUUACCCAGCAAGACUUUCUUGCCUCAGACGAGCUGCAGACCAAAGCGAAGCAGUUCCUGCGACGGGAAUUGAAGGUAUUCGAUUUUCUGGACAACAACCCUCGGGCGAGCAGUCGAGACUUUUUGAUCGUCUACAUCGUGUUUGUGCUCAAGAGUCACGAACUUCGAGGGGCGGACGGGAGGGCAGAGGAUCUGGUGGCUGAGUUUUUGGGGAGAGAAAAUGCGAGUCUUUUACUGCAUGAGAUGGAAAGUUGGUUGAGAAGUCCAUAUCUGAGCUUGGAAGACUGGGACGGUGAAGUGCAGUAUCCUGCUCCCAGAAGAGAGCUAGAAGAGAGGAGAACGGCGAAGAGACGAACUGGAUGAUGGCGAAGCAAGAGAUGAAACAACUUUGUGUGACCUGAUCCCGCAGCCGAAACGAAACGAAACAGACCGACACAGUCUGUGAGACCAAACACGAAGGGUGGAUACCUCCUGCGGCCCAUCUUCGCUUGCUUGUUUGAGCUGGAACAACAGUGGAGCAGCAUAUUGGAUUUGCAACUUGAGCCCUCCAUCGAAGCAUCGUUGGUUUAGUGGUAAAAUCCGUCGUUGCCAUCCACUUCACUUCGUCAGGAGAUGAAUAAGUGCGCCUCGACGGGCCCCGUGUUGUGAGUAGUAGCACCAGCAUCAUUAUUACAGGACAUGAAACUCUAACAGAUCAUCAGCGAUUCACGGACGAUGCAACUCGAAUCAACUUUUUGCCUUUUUCCACAAGUUCAGACAACGGUCGAAGCAGCGGAAGGCGAACCAGAGACAC